AUGGCUCCGCCCCCGAGCCUCGGUUUCUCUGAGUGCGGCGUGGGCGGCCUGUGGAGCUGUCGGGCCGCGGCCGGAGCCACGUGCUCUCCCGGCCCCGCGGCGGCCGCCGACGCGACUCCCCGGUCGUUCGUCGCCGUCGACCGUCCGGGAGACCGAGGCCGGCUGCGGGAGGCUGCGGGCAGGCAUGGCGGUGCCGGGGCUGCCCAGCGUCUCUGCCCGCCCAACGGCGGCUUCUGUUGGCGGCGGCGGCGGAGGCGCGGACGCACCGGGCGCCGGCAGUCGAGGCCCCUCCUCGCGUGGACCUCACCCCCGCUGCGGGAGAGGCGCUACCGGGACGCCGACCCGGGCGGGCUUCCUGUCUCGCUGUCCCGGGGCGGGCAGAGAGGGGGUUCGAGCUCAGACCUCCUCAAGCACCUGCGCACCCACACCGGGGAGCGGCCCUACGAGUGCGCCCAGUGCGGCAAGGCCUUCAGCCAGACGUCGCACCUGACGCAGCACCAGCGCAUCCACAGUGGCGAGACGCCCUACGCGUGCACGGCGUGUGGCAAGGCCUUCCGGCACAGCUCCUCGCUGGUGCGGCACCAGCGCAUCCACACGGCUGAGAAGUCCUUCCGCUGCGGCGAGUGCGGCAAGGCUUUCAGCCACGGCUCCAACCUCAGCCAGCACCGCAAGAUCCACGCGGGCGGGCGGCCCUACGCCUGUGGGCAGUGCGGCCGCCGCUUCUGCCGCAACUCGCACCUGAUCCAGCACGAGCGCACGCACACGGGGGAGAAGCCCUACGCCUGCGCGCUGUGCGGUGCUGCCUUCAGCCAGGGCUCCUCGCUGUUUUUGCACCAGCGUGUGCACACCGGAGAGAAGCCCUUCUCCUGCCCGCAGUGCGGCCGGGCCUUCAGCCGCAGCUCCAACCUCACCCAGCACCAGCUGCUGCACACCGGCGAGAGGCCCUUCCGCUGCGCAGACUGCGGCAAGGCCUUCGCUAAGGGCGCUGUGCUGCUGAGCCACCGGCGCAUCCACACUGGCGAGAAGCCUUUUGUGUGCGCACAGUGCGGCCGCGCCUUCCGGGAGCGCCCAGCCCUCUUCCACCACCAGAGGAUCCACACCGGGGAGAAAUCUGGCAGGCCAUCGCCAGCCAGCGCCCCCAGACCAGGCGUCCAUCGUGGGCAUCAUCGAAAGGUGCGCCGAGGAGGGAAGCAGAGCUCACUCCCGACUAGGGCCCAGCAGCAAUCCCGAAGCCAGCCGAGGCUUCAGGCCACAGCCCCGCCCUUCCCUGGCCUUCUGUGAAUCUCUACCUCAGCUGCAGAGCCCAUGUCGUCUGCAAAUCCACAGUCGGGGGAAGCUCUGUGCAUUUGAGUCAGGGAGGAGGGAGAUCCUUUGGUUGUGGUUCCACUUGCACGUGGUGACAGGAUUUGCCACCUCAGCCCCAGCUCACACCUCCAUCCCCAAAGAGGUCACACGGCAGAAAGAUCAGGGGUAGGACACAGCGGCUGGGACUCUGGUGGGCCAAGACUAUAGUCAGAGUCAGUGGGAGGCCGACAGUAGCGGCCCUGCACAGUGGUGACACUUCACGUGUGUUAUGACUGGCUGCUAAGGUGAGAAGGGGAAAUGCAGGCAUGCAGGGCAGGGAGGGCCAGGGAAACUUGUGAUGUCUGCACACAGACUGGCCACAGGACAGAUGCUUGGGCUAUUCCCCCCAGGCCUCUGUUCAAUCAAGGCUUCCCGCGUCCCAGCCUAGGAGACAAUAGGUCAUAGGCCAGUGGGGUGAGGUUGGUGGCCUUGGACAAGUGGCUGGGCUCUCAGUUUCAGCUUCCUCCUCUGGGAGACAGAAAAAAGAUCUGGGGCCACUGAGCAUCAUGUUGGCAGACACUCUCAAAUUCCUAAUAAGGCCAGGAUGUGUUUGCUGCAAGCUCCUGCUCUGAGUGCUGGGAAGUUUCUCCUACACCCCUGUGAGGUGGCUUCUGUGGCUGGCAUCCCUACUUGGAAGAUGAGAAAACUGAGGCACACAGAGGGGAGGAGAAUUGUCCAUGGCAGGCAGCAGAGCCAGGACUCAAAGUCAGGUGGACUGGCCAAGCAUCAUGUCCUGGGCUGUGCUCUAGGCUGCCAGGUGUCAGGACCUGGCCUGGCUCCCCACACAGAACCAAAUUGGGCUGCAGAAGUCUUCAGAGGAAGAUGUGACUCUCAGCUUUGGAGACACAUAUCCAGGGUGAUGGUUCUCCAGUGGUGCUUGUGCCCCUUGUUCUGCAAGCCUCAGCAGGGGCCACGUCCUGCCACUGACCCUUGUUACCAAUUUUGACAUUGUAAGGACCUUUUACAUCUGACAACAGUAAUAACGUCAGAGGAGAAAACGGGGCUGCUUAUUUUGCUAAGCUUCGUGGCCAUGUGCCCUCCUGGUCUCCCUCCUCAAUUGCGGGGUGGACAGGGAGCUGAAUAGGAAGGACUUGCCGUUACCUAAAGUUGGGUUCCUCAGCCCCGGGCUGUGGACCAGUGCCACCCUGUGGCCUGUUGGGAGCCGGGCUGUGUGGUGGGAGGUGGGUGGUGGGCGAGCGAGGCUUCGUCUGUGUUUGCAGCUGCUCCCCAGGGCUGACAUCACCGCAUGUACUCUGCCUCCCGUCACAUCACUAGCAGCAGCACUGGAUUGUCAUAGGAGCGCAAACCCUACUGUGGGCUACAUACAUGUGAGCGAUCUAGUUUGCGAGCUCCUUGUGAGAGUCUGGUGCCUCCUGAGCUGGGGUGGAGCUGGGGUGGUGGUGCCGGCACUGGGGAGCGGC